GGCGGACGGGUGCAUCGGGUCUAAAUGCGUUUCGCGUGUGACAAAAUUGAUGGAUGGCUCGAUUCGUCGCGGAACUCUCGCUGUUAGCUCGCGUACACCGUAUCGAUCGGCUGUGCACUGUGGCCGGCCGGUAGCCGGCUCUACGGUCAAGUAAAACGUUCGCAAACAGUAAUUAUAGGCAUUAUUCUAAACCGGUAGACGGCGAGAAUGUUACGAGACGAGUCGGUCGAGAGUUCCUUAGGAAGAUUGGAACGAUACCAGUGAUCACUUCGAUGGAAUUGGGUCAGUGACUUGCGAGCGUCUGCUCGAAUUCAUGGAAGCGCAUGCGUGCGAUGCAAAUUUCACGCGGCACAUCAUUGCAACGCCGGUAUUUCAACAAUUAUAAAUGCCAUAAUUCAUCAUACACGAGUACAACAGAAAGUCAAGUGUCGUUUGGUACGACGAAACGAAGAAUAGAACUCUAGGUAUGCGAUUCAACGCCGGAUAAGGACGAUUCGAUGCGUUUGCACUGUCGUACUUCGACGUAAACAACGUGAUUGAUUUCUCGUUGGCGCCAGUCGCUCAAGUUAAUAACUCUGGGAAAAACGCUUCACGAUUCAAUGAUUAAAAACUCUUCUUCCACGUAACAACAAGGAACUACGGUCUGAUGCAAUGCGAAACGCGAACCAGUCAAAAUUGCGAAACAUGAUUGUCGAUAUUUCCUGUCGACAAUUAGCAAUAAUGGAUUCCCGUCGUCGGUAUCUCGAUCGAUCGUAUUUCUGGAGAUCCUUGCGAGUGUCCUUGCUAGGAAUUCCAGAGUUUCACGCGCGUUUCAGGGCGAAAAAAAUGAAUGAGAGGCGGGAAGAGCGACUGUCUUCUCGCGUCCCUUUUCCUUCUUCUUCUCGAACCCUCUUCUCCAAACUGUGCCCUCUUCUUCUUUGGCACUCUUCUUUCCUUCUCUGAGCGCGGCUCGCAGGAAACCAGUCGCGAUUUUUCACGCGGUGGGAACUAGAAGCCGCUCCCUACUAUAAAUAGCUUUCGAGUUCGCUCUCGAGUUCUGCUCUCUCGGCCUCCAACGGCGAUGGGAGCAGUUAAAAGGGGGUAGCCGUGCAUGGGCGUCGACGCCGUUAUUUUUUUUAUCACGUCCUUCCACGUCGUUUCGAUGGGCGACUCGGAUCGAGCGAUCAAACAAAUUUCAUUCGUUUUCCCUCCUGCGCGCACCAUCGAACGUGUUCAAUUAUCGUUCCAUUCCUUCCACCCUCGAUGCGUAUACACGAUCAGUUCAAUUGGUAUUACAACGAUAUCAUAUCAGAUCUGUUUGCCUACAUGUACUCGAUUGUCACGCAUCUUUAAACAGAAGCGAGAGAAUGGCUGAUGAUAAAAUCUGAUCGGCGCCCAUGUAAGUCAUGUCUUUGUACGCGCGACAAAGAGGCGGAGGAGAACAGCGUUGGAAUUUUUAUGGGAGAAAAAAAGGAAAGCUCGCUUGGUGUGUCCAAUCGCGCGGUCGAAUAGGACAGCCGAGAAUGAAACUGGGAAAUUAUAUAAUUCUCAGCCCACCCUUUGAAGGAAAAGGAGAUCGUGAGAGGAAACGCAGGACGAGAAAUAAUCGACUCUCGUUCUCGCUCUGUUACAAGAGUCGUUAUUCAACACGGAAGAUCAACGGAUCGAUUAAAAGUACGAGUCGAAUCUUCGUCGCCGACUCCUCUGAGCUGUUCUGUGUUCUACGUGCUAAUUACACGAUCAGGAUUCAAUAGCUUGGCGAGAUUCACUAUCGACAGCUCAAUAUGCCGCCGCCCACGCUCGAGCAACAAACAGAUUCGAUCGACAGAUGAAACGGCGAUCUUUAAAAUGUACAUUUAAUUGCUUGACGCUUAUGAUUUGUAAAGUAGGAGUUUCGAGGCUCGCGAUAAGAUUAUCUUAUCAUCGGGCAGACCGAUGUGUCGUGUUCCAACCGGAACAGAAUAAAUUAAGUGACUUUGUUUCGUCUGAUCGUUCCAUUAGAAAAUAUCUAGUCGAUCUUAGAAAUUUUCUUAUCGAGAAUGCUCGACGCCGGUGAUCCGUUGAGUCGAGAUCUCUUUGGACGGGUGUCCCGCACGCACAUUGUCGAACAUAAUUUUUACAUUACCGAAACCAAUUGCCCCUUCUCGGAAAUGGAUGCCAACAAUACGUUGUCUUAAUUGGAUAAACGUGUCGCAUACAGUAAGUAAGAAGUUCGUCACCUUGAGGCGGAAUCUCGAGAGCCGAACGGCUUUCUCCGAAAGCAAAGAGAUCCGCUGCAAUCUCAAUUAGGUUCUCCUCGAAAUAACCGAAGAACCGAGUAAAAUGACCAAGUUCAGAGGUAUUUUCAGAGUAAUUUCAAGAAUUUCCAAAUGCGCUCACCAAGGGACUCGUCGAUCGAAUUCGAGUCUACCUCUUUGAAUGCAGAAUCCAACGAACGAGGAAGGGGUGAAAGACAAAAUGCAAGGAGAUGAAAAUCGGUCGGGCACGUGAUGUUUAUCGAAACGAUUGGUACUGGACAGGAAGUGCACCUGCAUCUCGGCGUCUCCCUUUCACGCAUCGGCAUCGGAUUCCCGGCACUUACCGCGAAACGCGCGUAUGCUAUUUAUAGAUGACGCAAGGCUGAUUAUUUCUUUCACGGAUACUCGCGUACCGAGCUGCGCUAUGAUCGUAGAACGGUAGAACCGUCGACCGACGUGAUCGGAAUGGAAAAAACGCCGCCGCGACCAACGUUGGUAAUUGUGCGUUUGGCUACGAAAAGUAAACUGUCCCUUCGAUACAGUCACGAUUCAAGAUAAGUCUAGGUCCGGAGCCUGAGAAAAGGAACGAAGUAACACGAAAUGCUGAUUCUCUACGUUAAUAACUGCAUCGCUGAACAACGACGGAGCAGCCUUAAAAUGCACCGUCUGCACUCACGUUUCACCGGUGCUCGUCAACGUUUUUCAGCAACGAGAACCUGUUGCAAAUUACGUCUCCCGACCGCCCCCCUUUUGUACUCAUUCCUCGGGGAGGUGGAACGGGGUUUUAUCAAGGUUUGCUAGGAAUCGUAAUUUACAAGAUCUCCUUGUCCUUCUUACGGGCCGGAUAAUGCGAUUCCUUGCACUUUCCGUCGACUCGCUUUCAUCGGUGUAUCUCUGUUUCCGAACAGGUCCCUCCUCGUCGUAAGAACACGAAAUAUAGAAGACUGACAUGAUCCGUAAAUCGCGAAGGCGUGCACAAACAUGUUCUUGAGCGGUCGUAACUGUUCGUAAGGGUCCGUUCCAGGAGGACCUAAGGGACUCGUCUCAGGGAUUGUGCGACCGCAUUCUCCAGAGGUCCUAAACCCUCUUCGUGAACGUGCGCACCGGGCCCAGCUUCAGUACGCGACAUCGUAUCAUCGCAGACGCAAACCUUUCACCUUGUCGUCGUUCAAACAAAAAUUCGAUGUGACAGAAGAUCAGUCUGGGGCUCGAGAAGGCUGCCAAGCGGCUUCCUCCCCGGCUCAGCCACUCUGUCGAAACGAAUUUGGUACGCGUUGCUCGGCUCGACGAGGGAGCAACAGGUUUGCCAUUGACCCAUUGGGACGAAUGGCCCGCGAUCGAGACAGAGAAUCAGACGCUUUAAGAAUCUUUAAGGUCAAAGUCGAGCAUGUUCGGGACGAUCUCCGAUCGACGACGAAUCAAUUGAAAAUCAAACGUGCAAGUGACGUUGAACAAUAGGAAUGCUGAAUUGUUUCAGACAACGAGGAAUACUCCGCUCGAAGCAUUGGCGAGCGAAGAUUUUUCUAAUUUUAAACUCCAGUCCAGGCGAUAGGAUUAACGAAGACGUUAGAAUUUGGUUCGACCGUUCUGAAGGGUGACCGAUGCUUGGUAGAGCGUGAAGGGUAAAAGGAGGGUGGGCUGGCCGACUCGAUGAUGGUUGCGGCGCCACUGCCACCUCCGAGGAAGGGUCAUACACUCGAGCUCCUUGCGUUUAGCCGGCCAAAGCACCGACAGUCGUCGUCCGUCCUUAGUGCGCGCAGGAUCGUUUCACGCUUUCCUCCUCACCAAGGUCGAAGUAAAGGGAUCCGGCACUGUCGACCGUCAGCUAAGGAGCAGGCUACCUGUUCUUCUAAUCAACUCACAAAGACUGUUCGCACAAGAUAAUAUUAGAGAGUGACAUACGCGAUUCGCUGAUCGUUUUUAUUCACAUAUAAGUUGAAAAACUUUUAACCGACUUAAGGAAUUGAAAAUAAAGAGAGAGAGAGAGAGCUCUUGUAUUUUGUAAGAAAGAGAACAGAACCUUCGUAAGAGUGAAAACCUUGUCAAGGUUGAAAUUCAUUCGAGGAUCCCUUCGCGGCAGGAAGAAAUAAUCCCCGCCGAGACGGAUUCGUCGACAGAGAGAUAUCGCUUGAGGAGCGCAUCCCCGAACAAAGGCAGGACCACGGGGAUUCGAAGACGCAGAAGGAUUAGAAAUGGCGUACGACGAUGUCAUUCUGCGGAUGGGAGAGUUCGGCCGUUACCAACGGAGGAUCUACUUCCUGCUGUGUCUCCCUGCGAUAUCCUGCGCCUUUCACAAAAUCGCCGGCGUCUUUCUAAGCGCCGAAAUGGAUGCCAGGUGUCUCUUACCGGACGAGGACCCGGAGAACGCCACGUUCUAUUUGCCGCCGCACGUGAUGAACGCGAGCUUCCCGUGGGAUCACGGCCAGGAGAAAUUAUCGCUCUGCCAUAGGUGGAACGUGCCCAUCAACGAUACGAUGAACAGACACGUAGAUACGUCGCAAGCGUUCACUGUAGACGCUCAAAGACUCGUGCCGUGCGAGACGUACGUUUACGACAGGAGCAAAUACAAGAGCACCACCAUCUCUGAGUGGAACCUAGUUUGCGACAAGGCAUGGUUGAAAGCAACGGGGGACUCGUUGUUCAUGGUAGGAGUGAUGCUUGGCUCGAUGAUAUUCGGUGGUUUGUCCGAUAAAUUUGGACGUAGACCAAUUUUCUUCCUGUCUUUAGUCAUACAGCUGGUCGGCGGUAUACUAGUCGCGGUUUCACCAGAGUUUAUUUCCUACGUUAUCUUCAGAUUAAUCGUCGGCUCGACCACCAGCGGAGUCUUCUUGGUCGCCUACGUAAUCGCGUUGGAAAUGGUAGGCCCGAAGAAGCGGUUGGUAGCUGGAGUCGGCUGCCAAUUAUUCUUCACGACCGGAUACAUCCUAACUGCUGCCUUUGCCUAUUUUAUUACGGAUUGGAGGAUGUUACAAGUCGCUAUCACCGUACCCAGCGUUGCGUUUCUUCUUUACUGGUGGUUCAUUCCCGAAUCCGCGCGCUGGCUAUUGACGAAAGGUCGCACGCAGGAAGCGAAAGAUUUGCUUCAGCGAGCUUCCCUGGAGAACGGCGUCGACAUGCCGUCCGAAGUCCUCGACACGCUCCUCAAUAACAACAGCGAAGACUCCGUGCCAGAUUACAAAAAGCCGUCGCUGUUCGAUCUUUUUCGGUAUCCUAAUUUAAGGCGGAAGAGCUGUCUGAUAUUCUUCAAUUGGCUCGUAAACAGCGGUACCUACUACGGUUUGUCCUGGCACGUGUCCAAUCUUGGAGGCAACGAUUAUGUUAAUUUCGUGAUCUCCGGUCUGGUAGAAAUACCUGCGUACACGUUUCUAAUAUUCACGUUGAAUCGUUGGGGAAGGAAGCUUAUCUUGUGCGGUUGCAUGCUGAUCUCUGGAAUCGCGAUGCUCGCUAUUUUACUCGUACCCGCCGACGCCUCCUGGCUCGUGGUGUGCCUAGCGAUGAUCGGCAAGCUCACCAUCACGUCGUCCUACGGUGCCAUUUACGUUUUCACCGCCGAGCAGUUUCCCACGGUCAUUCGCAACGUCGGCCUCGGGGCGAGCUCGACUUUCGCUCGGAUCGGUGGAGUGAUCGCUCCGUACGUCAUUCUCUUGUCGAAAAUCUGGAUGCCUCUGCCUUUCCUCAUUUUCGGAUCGUGCGUACUUCUCGGGGGCGCGCUAUCGUUGCUCCUGCCGGAAACGUUGAACAAAAAGCUCCCGGAGUCUAUACAGGACGGGGAAUUAUUCGGAAAAAAACUGUCGAAGAAGGAAAAGCAGAAGCAAUUGGAGAUCGAGCAAUUGAACGAGGUCGACGUGUUAAAGCCGCUGAAGCCACAAGAAAACGGUGUCCACGAGAAGCAGAACGGAUGACGUUGAUCGUUCGUACGGUCAACGGUUACGCUCAAAAUAUAUACUUGAAUCUUGUCCGACUAUAUUCUAGGCACCCUUCGUACACGUACAUACGUAUUAGCGUGCCCAUUGCGAGAUCGCAAUAUCAGAAAGUGAUCUUUCAAGCUGCACGACCAACGACGUAGGUUCUCUACCUUUUCGUCAGACGAAACGCGAAAACCGGGGAAAGCGACGAAGACGAACCUACGGUUGGACUUUCAGUUUGUUUCGAACCCGAUGAAAGUGAGAAGGUAGCGUCCACCUUCUGUUCGCAGCACAGCCUUUGUAAUUAACGCGCACGCAGAUUCUGCCACGAAACAUAUCAUUUACUCUAAUUUUCUGAACGUUGUUCACGCGUUAAGUGACCUUGUACAUUUAUGAAGGCUCGUUCGGGAGGUCCGCAAAAAUAAUUACGAAUAAAACGUGGAUCUGGACCUAAGA